AAACUUAAUGGCGUGCAGGGAGCCACCUCAAACUGCGAUCGUCAUUAACUUGUUGAUUGGCGAUUUGGUUCAGGAUGCCGUUAACGAGCCGCUUAAACUUUCCGAGCAGAAGAACACUUGCCAGCGGCUCUUCGACAUUUUGGGCUUUCAGGCUGACGAGUGUUUCGAGGACGCGGAAGGCAGUGAUGUGGCUACUACACCCAAUUCGAGUACCCUUCCGACCAAUUUAAAAUCGCAUUCAGUCGAACCCAAGCAAAGAAAUUGGUACGGUUGGAUUUCAAAAGCAUUGGCAGAAGACAAUUCCGAGGACGAUGUUGAGAUAUUCAGGAAGGACGAAGGGGGUGCGCUUAAAACUUUCGACUCGAUUGCGGUGCAGACGGAGCAGCCGCGACUGCGGAUGAGAUCGUGUCCUGGGGAACGCCUGCCAAACCUUGCCCCCUGCGAGCUGACUCGCCAAACCAUCUUCAUCGAUGCCGUUUCCAUGCCCAUGCCGAAUAUUUUGGGUCGGGCGCCAUUGGCUGAUCGCUUUUGCUAUAUGUUGACCGAUUUCGCAUCGGCGCUAUAUUGUAGUCUCGCCAUCAUGUGUUGUUGCACCCCCAAUGUGUUGAGAUAAAUUAAAGUGCAAGGCGUUUGCUGAA